ACUUUCACCCGUGCUUAUGAUCGACCCCGGCCGGCGCACCAGCUCCUCCACACUCAACUGGCCAGUUGCUCGCGCCAACCACAACUGGGCACCAAGCGCCGGCUGCACACCUUCGACGAAAUGGUCCAACAGCAACUGGUGGCGCGACACUCCAUCCAUCCCCAGCAAAGCGCGAUCCAACAACUGCUGCAUGCCGGCGAAGAACACGGUCGGGUCAGAUCCAGGCGCCUUCCUGGCCGUCUUGAACCGCCUCAUAGCCUCGUGGCGGUCGGCCGGCAUGUCGAACUCCGCAGCGAAGGCUUUCUUCCUCUAUCUGACUAUGAACUUGAAAUUUGAUGCUAUCACGCAAGAUGUUGCCGGAACAAGAGCAGUCUUAUCUUUGUACGUACUACUCAUAGGGUUGCUGAAAAUCCGUCGACAGCCUACGACCGGUUUCGCCCUUUUAGGGGCCAUCAG